GCCGAUUUGGCCCCCCGGUGGCCCCCGGUGGCCCAGUUAAACACCACAUACAUAAUGGCAAUUCAGCCGGUGGCCAGCCAAAACUUUUCCCCCUCCUCUCCAUCUUUUCCUUCCAUUCAUCUUUCCAACAGACAGUUAUCCUCUUUGUCACUGACGGAUUUGUUUCGCCUGACUGUCACCUAUUCUCACUUCGGAAGUGAGAAAGGUUUGGGCGGUUAAGAUGAAUCAUGGUCAGGUACUCAGUGAAAAAUAUGACAAAGAGGAUAUCUUGCCGACUUCCGAGCCUCACACGAGCAACAAUGACCAAGGAGCUAUGAGCGAUGAGACUGAAAAGGGGAACCUAGAUUUGAUGAUUGAGUCUUCGGAUCUGCAACCAGCAAACAAUGCACCCCCUCCGCCCCCAAACGGAGGCUAUGGAUGGGUUGUCACUGCCGCCAUCUGCAUCAUCAACGCCCAUACGUGGGGCAUGAACUCAAGUUACGGAGUCUUCUUGGCGUACUACAUCAAAAACAACACUUUCCCCGGGGCAACGACUCUACAGUAUGCCUUUGUUGGCUCCCUCAGCAUUAGCUGCGCCAUGGCCAUCUCACCAUUCGCAACCAUAGCCGUCAAGAAAUACGGCACUAGACAGGUGAUGCUCCUUGGCGUUGUUCUUGAAGCAGGCAGUUGGAUUGCAGCAAGCUUUGCCUACAAGAUAUGGCAUCUCUUCCUCACCCAGGGCGUUCUCUUUGGCAUCGGCAUGGGAUGCCUCUUCACAGCCACGGUGGGCAUUAUCCCCCAGUGGUUUACGACUCAUCGCUCCUUGGCCAACGGUAUAUCCGCUGCCGGCUCAGGCAUGGGAGGUCUUAUCUACUCAUUUGCUGCUGGUGCCAUGAUUCAGAACCUUGGGCUUGCGUGGGCCUUCAGAAUCCUUGGAAUCCUUGCAUUCGUCGUGAACUUCACCUGCAGUCUUUUAGUUAAAGAUCGCAACAAGAUUGUAGGAUCGACGCAUCUGGCUUUCAAGAGUACUCUUUUGACGAGAGCCGAGUUCCUGCUGUUUAUCUUGUUCGGUUGGUUCAGUAUCCUGGGCUAUGCUGUGGAUAUUUUCAGCCUUGCCAACUACGCCAACGAGAUUGGCCUUCAAUCGUCUCAGGCUGCUCUCAUCAACGCAUUUUUCAACUUGGGCCAGAGUAUUGGCCGCCCAAUAAUGGGGUAUUUCAGUGACCGAACUGGACGGAUGAACAUGGCCGCCAUCUGCAGCUUCUUGGCUGGUGUCUUUUCGCUGGCCAUCUGGAUCAACGCCAGAACAUACGGCGUGCUGAUCCUCUACUCUAUCGUAUGCGGUAUGGUUGCCGGCACAUUCUGGACAGUUGUCGGACCUGUCGCAGCCGAAAUUGUUGGGUUACAAGAUGUGCCAUCUGCCCUUAAUAUUAUGUGGUUGAUGAUUCUGCUUCCCUGCACUUUCAGCGAGCCAAUUGCUUUGCAGAUUGUGACUGGAACUGGAAGUUAUUUGGGCACUCAAUUAUGGACAGGCCUGAUGUUUAUUGCUGCUACAAUCUGCAUGGUUAUACUUCGCGGAUGGAAGAUUGGUGAAAUCGACGAGCUUGCCAGAGCACACAACGAGAGACCGGAGGAUGUCGAUCGAUAUAAGACGAGCGAUAGCGAGGAACUGAUCGAGCAAGGAAGAAAGGCUGGUCGACGACGAAUGCUUGUUGAUUUUUACAGGAAGAGGGUUGUCUGAGCAUCAAUGGAGGGUUUCCAACUAUGAUUCGUGGUGAUGGAAAUCAAGGCGAUGACUAUCAAAACGGGAGGCGAAUUACGAAAUGGCAAUUUAACGAACCGUCAUGUCAGUUGCAGCUGCGAUUGUCUUCAUGUCAUUGGACACUCGGCUUUGGAUAUCAACAGCUUGGCAUAUAUGGGGUUUAUGGCGCAAUAUAAUUUCAUAUGGGAGCAAUUUUCUUGAUAUAAUAGCUAUUUCCCAGCAUUUUACGAGUUCAUGUAUAUAGAAAGAGUAUAGAUUAAUAUUUGGAAGCACAUAAACACUACACUUUCCC